AUGGAUCUUAAAGAGCACAGACACCGUGCACUGACUCACGCCUGCUGUGCGAAAGAUUUGCAGUUCACCACCUCCUCCCUGGACAAGGAGGAGUGCCGCGUACCCACUCAGAAGUCGUACAGCUCCAGCGAGACCCUGAAGGCUUUCGAUCAUGACUCACGCCUUCAUUAUGGGGGAUGUGUUGCUGACCUGGUGCACCAUGAAGCAGAUGAGUUCACCAGACAAGGAGGGAACUUUACUUUAGCCGAGUUGGGCAUCUGUGAACCAGCUAUUCAUCAGAAUGCAUACUGCCCAGACCUUGGCCUCCUGCAACGUGGCUACUCUCUAAGUACCGGCUCAGAUGCAGACUCCGACCCAGAGGGCCCCAUCUCCCCAGAGAGAGCCAUCCAGCUGUGGGGGGGCCAUGGCAUCAAGUCCCGCCGCAGCUCCGGCCUCUCCAGCAGAGAGAACUCCGCACUCACCCUCACUGACUCUGAGAACGAGAACAAGUCUGAUGACGAAUCAGGUCGUCCCCUCCCUCCCUCCACCGCCUCCUCCAGCCUCCUGCCCCCUGCACCUUCUCCUCCUUCUGCCCCCCUCCAUCCAGCCCCACCUACCAUAAGGGAGUGUCAGGUGCCCUUGCUGGACAGAAGCUCCUCCCAUACCAUGUUGGAGUCCCACCCAGAGGACCAAAUCUCCCCCAACUCAUACCUGCUCCGGGCCCAGCCCCCCACUGGAGCUCCAAACCAUCACAGCCAGUCCACCCUGCGGCCGCCCAUCCCUCCACCACACAGCCAUCAGACACUGUCGCACCAUCAGUCUUCUGCCAACUCUCUCAAUCGCAACACACUGAGCCUCCGUCGCAAUCCCAUUCAUGUUCCCCCGUCCGCCCCGGGUGACGGUCCCACCACGCCCGAGUCAGUGCAGCUGCAGGACAGCUGGGUGCUCAACAGCAACGUCCCACUAGAGACAAGGCAUUUCCUGUUUAAGACAUCAUCAGGGACCACGCCCCUCUUUAGCAGCUCAUCACCGGGUUACCCCUUGACCUCUGGCACAGUAUAUUCACCCCCGCCACGGCUCUUACCCAGAAGCACCUUCUCCAGAAGCGCCUUCAAGCUGAAGAAGCCCUCCAAGUACUGCAGCUGGAAAUGUGCUGCCCUGUCGGCCAUUGCCGCCACCUCCCUGCUGGCCAUUCUGCUGUCCUACUUCAUCGCUAUGAAUCUGUUGGGGCUGAACUGGCAGCUGAAACCUGUGGUUGGUCCCCUGCUGAACAACGACUUGGGAGCAGGGCUGCCCAGCAACAAUGACAUAGCAACAGCGCCCUCUGGAGGCAGAGGGCCCUGGGCCUCUCGCAACAGCAGCAUAGAUACGGGCAGCCUGGAGGUAGGCAGGCGCGUGACCCAAGAAGUGCUGCCGGGGGUGUUCUGGAGGUCUCUGCUGCACCUCAACCAGCCUCAGUUCCUCAAGUUUAACAUCUCCCUUGGCAAAGAUGCUCUGUUUGGGGUUUACAUUCGGAAAGGGCUGCCUCCGUCCCACGCACAGUAUGACUAUAUGGAGCGUUUGGAUGGAAAGGAGAAAUGGAGUGUAGUGGAGUCUCCUCGUGAGAGACGAAGUAUUCAGACUGUGGUUCUGAAUGAGGCUGUGUUUGUGCAGUAUCUGGAUCCCGGCACAUGGCACCUGGCUUUCUACAACGAUGGCAAUGAGAAGGAAUCUGUCUCCUUUAGCACAGCUGUACUGGACUCUGUGCAAGAAUGCCCCCGGAACUGUCAUGGUAAUGGCGAGUGUGUGUCAGGAGUGUGUCACUGUUUCCCAGGGUUCCAUGGCAUGGACUGCUCGAAAGCGGCAUGCCCAGUGCUCUGCAGUGGAAAUGGUCAGUAUGAUAAGGGAUUGUGUAUCUGCUACAGUGGAUGGAAGGGCCCGGAAUGUGAUGUUCCCAUCAGCCAGUGCAUCGACCCCCAGUGUGGAGGACAUGGUACCUGUGCAGACGGCACAUGUGUUUGCUCGCUGGGGUACAAAGGGGAUAACUGUGCAGAGGUUGACUGUCUGGAUCCGAACUGCUCAAAUAAUGGCAUCUGUGUGAAUGGAGAGUGCCACUGUAAGCCGGGAUGGGGCGGACCCAACUGUGAGCUUCCCAGAGCACAAUGCCCAGAUCAGUGCCAUGGUCAUGGGGCUUUUAUCCCAGACACAGGCCUCUGUAGUUGUGACCCCAACUGGAUGGGCCCUGACUGCUCCGUCGAGGUUUGCUCGGUUGACUGCGGUACUCAUGGCGUGUGUAUGGGCGGUUUGUGCCGCUGUGAGGAGGGCUGGACGGGUGCGGCAUGUGACCAACGCGUGUGUAACCCGCUCUGUGUGAAGCACGGCACCUGUAAAGACGGCAAGUGCGAGUGCGAACAGGGCUGGAAUGGAGAGCACUGCACCAUCGAUGGCUGUCCAAACAGAUGUAAUGGAAAUGGGCAGUGUUUGAUGGGUCAAAACAGCUGGCACUGUGAGUGCAAAACUGGAUGGAGGGGCACCGGCUGCAAUGUUGCCAUGGAAACUUCAUGUGCGGACAACAAAGACAAUGAAGGAGAUGGUCUGACAGACUGUAUGGAUCCAGACUGCUGUAUCCAAAGUCCCUGCCAGAACAGUCCGCUUUGUAGAGGGUCCAGGGACCCCUUACAGGUCAUCCAGCAGGGCCAGCUCCCUGAGCAGAAAGUACGUUCCUUCUAUGACCGUGUCAAGAUGCUAGUGGGCCGGGACAGCACACACAUAAUACCUGCCGACAACCCCUUUAAUGCAAGUUUGGCAUCUCUGAUCAGAGGUCAGGUGGUGACUACAGAUGGUACCCCACUUGUGGGAGUUAACGUGUCAUUUGUCAAGUACCCCCAGUACGGCUACACCCUGACACGCCAAGAUGGAACAUUUGACCUCAUUGCCAAUGGCGGAGCCUCUCUUACCCUACGCUUUGAGCGAGCUCCAUUUCUGAGCCAAGAGCGCACGGUGUGGCUUCCAUGGAACAUUUUCUAUGCCAUGGACACUCUGAUGCUGAAGACAGAGGAGAACACGAUCCCAAGCUGUGAUCUUAGUGGCUUUGUGAGGCCAGAUCCCCUGGUUGUGUCCUCCCCCCUCUCCUCCUUCUUCAGUUCCAGGCCAGGAGAAAGGUCCAUCAUUCCAGAGACCCAGGUUCUUCAUGAGCAGAUUGAGAUCCCAGGCACAAAUCUAAAGCUCUGUCAUCUGAGCUCACGGACAGCAGGUUACCGUUCAUUGCUCAAAAUCACCAUGACCCAAGCUGUGGUGCCUCUUAGCUUGGUCAAAGUCUAUCUAAUGGUCGCCGUCGAAGGCCACCUCUUCCAGAAGUGGUUCCAUGCCUCACCCAACCUCGCCUACACCUUUAUCUGGGACAAGACGGAUGCAUACAGCCAACGUGUCUAUGGCCUAUCUGAUGCAGUGGUCUCUGUGGGAUAUGAAUAUGAAUCAUGUCCUAGUCUGGUGCUUUGGGAGAAGAGGACAGCUAUGCUACAGGGCUAUGAGCUGGAACCUUCCAAUCUGGGCGGCUGGUCUCUGGACAAACACCAUAUACUCAACCUGCGCAGUGGCAUCCUUCAUAAGGGCAGCGGUGAGAACGUGUUUGUGUCCCAGCAGCCCCCCAUCAUCACAAGCAUCAUGGGUAAUGGGCGACGGCGCAGCAUCUCGUGCCCAAGCUGUAAUGGCCUGGCUGAUGGAAAUAAGCUGUUGGCACCUGUAGCCCUGGCAGCAGGUAUUGAUGGCAGCCUCUAUGUCGGAGACUUGAAUUUCGUACGCAGAGUUUAUCCCAAUCUCAACACCACUCGGAUACUGGAACUCAGAAAUAAGGAUUUUCGACACAGUAACAACCCGACUCAUAAGUACUUCUUGGCUGUGGACCCAGUCUCUGGGGCUCUAUUCAUCUCUGACACAAAUUCACGGCGAAUUUACAAGGUGCGUUUGCUUACUGGAGGAAGACUGCUGGCAGACAAUGCUGAAGUGGUAGCUGGCACGGGAGAACAGUGCCUGCCCUUCGAUGAGAGAUGCGGGGAUGGGGGCAAAGCCAUUGAAGCCACCCUCAUGAGCCCCAAAGGUAUUGCUGUAGAUAAGAAUGGGCUUAUGUACUUUGUGGAUGCCACUAUGAUUAGGAAGGUGGAUCAGAAUGGUAUCAUCUCUACUCUGCUGGGCGCUAAUGACCUCACUGCUGUUCGCCCACUGAGCUGUGACUCUAGCAUGGAUGUCAGUCAGGUGCGGUUGGAGUGGCCCACAGACUUGGCAGUAAACCCCAUGGACAACUCACUUUACGUACUAGAGAACAAUGUUAUCCUACGCAUCACUGAAAACCACCAAGUCAGUAUCAUUGCCGGGCGGCCUAUGCACUGCCAGGUGCCUGGCAUCGACUAUUCCCUCAGCAAACUGGCCAUCCACUCUGCCCUGGAGAGUGCCACAGCUAUUGCCAUCUCCCAUACGGGCGUGCUCUACAUCGCCGAGACAGACGAGAAGAAGAUCAACCGUGUGCGGCAAGUCAGCACUAACGGAGAGAUGUCACUGCUAGCUGGCGCCGCAUCCGAGUGCGACUGCAAAAACGACGUUAACUGUAACUGCUUCGCAGGAGAUGACGGAUACGCUACAGAUGCCAGCCUGAACUCACCCAUGUCUCUGGCUGUCUCACCGGACGGCACACUCUACAUUGCAGAUCUCAAUAACAUUCGAAUCCGCGCUGUGCGUACUAACCGGCCCGGACCUUCGGCAGUGGGGCAGUAUGAGGUUGCAUCCCCUCAAGAGCAAGAACUGUAUGUGUUUAACGAGGAGGGUCUCCACCUUCAGACCAUCAGCUUAGUGACAGGCCUGCCCCUCUAUAACUUCAGCUAUGGCCCUGAUGGAGAGCUGGCCACAGUGGUGGAUUACUGCAAUAACACUGUGAAAGUGCGGAGGGACGGGGCAGGGCAGGGUGGAGCUGGGCUGCUCAGGCUUAUCCUGCAACCUGAGAAUCAGGUGGUGACGCUGGGACUGGAUCCCGCAGGGAGCCUGCGCUCUGUCUCUGCUCUUAAUCAGGAGAUAGUUCUGUUGGGAUACAAUGGCAACACUGGCUUAUUGGCCACCAAGGCUGACGAGACAGGCUGGACAACCUUUUAUGAGUAUGACAGUGAAGGGAGGCUAACCAAUGUGACGUACCCCACGGGGAUGGUUACAAGUCUACAUAGAGAGAUUGAAAAAUCCAUCAACAUUGACAUUGAGAGCUCCAACAGAGAUGAUGAUGUCACUGUCAUCACUAAUCUUUCAUCAGUUGAAGCCUCCUAUACUGUUGUGCAGGAUCAAGUACGGAACAGCUUCCAGCUGUGUAACAAUGGCACGCUGAGAGUAAUGUAUGCCAAUGGGAUGGGUAUUAGUUACCACACUGAGCCCCAUAUCCUGGCUGGAUCAGUGAGUCCCACCAUCGGCCGCAGAAACAUCACACUACCCACUGAUAGCGGUCUGAAUUCCAUAGAAUGGAGACUACGCAAAGAGCUGACCAAGGGCAAGGUCACUGUGUUUGGCAGGAAACUUCGGGCACAUGGGCGCAACCUCUUGUCAAUAGACUUUGACAGGAACACACGGACAGAGAAGAUCUAUGACGACCACAGAAAGUUCACUCUAAGGAUCACAUAUGAUGCCCAGGGCAGACCAGCAAUAUGGCAGCCCAGUAGCAGCCUUGCAGUGGUCAAUGUGUCAUACUCCAGUACAGGCCAGCUGGUGGGGCUGCACCGAGGGAGUAUGAGUGAGAGAACAGAAUUUGACCCACAGGGCCGAAUCCUCUCACGCUCUUUUGUAGAUGGAAAAGUGUGGAGCUACAGUUACCUGGACAAGUCUAUGGUGUUGCUCCUGCAGAGUCAGAGACAGUACAUCUUUGAGUUUGACGCAUCAAAUCGCAUCACAGCUGUCACCAUGCCCAGCGUUGCUCGUCACACCAUGUUCACUCAUGUCUCCAUCGGCUACAUCCGCAACACCUACAACCCACCAGAGAGCAAUGCAUCCAUCAUCUACGACUUCAGCGAGGAUGGACACCCUCAGGCCACCUAUUUCCUGGGUACUGGUCGUCGUGUCCUCUACAAGUAUGGCAAGCUGGCCAAGCUCUCUGAGAUCUUGUAUGACAGCACAGCCAUCACCUUUGGCUAUGACGAGACGGCUGGUGUGUUAAAAAUGGUCAACUUGCAGAGCGGCGGCUUCUCUUGCACUAUCCGUUAUCGUAAAAUGGGUCCCCUAAUCGACAAACAGAUCUAUCGCUUCUCUGAGGAAGGUAUGGUCAACGCCCGCUUCGACUACACCUACCAUGACAACAGUUUCCGAAUCGCCAGCAUGAAGCCAGUGAUCAGUGAGACGCCAUUGCCUGUGGAUCUGUACCGUUACGAUGAAAUCUCCGGCAAAGUGGAGCACUUUGGAAAGUUUGGAGUCAUCUAUUAUGACAUCAAUCAGAUUAUCACCACAGCUGUGAUGACUCUUAGCAAGCAUUUUGAUGCACACGGUCGAAUCAAGGAGGUGCAAUACGAAAUCUUCCGCUCUCUAAUGUACUGGAUGACGGUGCAGUAUGACAACAUGGGCAGAGUGAUUAAACGGGAGCUAAAGAUCGGGCCAUAUGCCAAUACCACGCAGUACCGUUAUGAGUAUGAUGGUGACGGGCAACUCAGUGGUGUCAAAGUCAAUGAUUGGUCUACAUGGCGCUACAGUUAUGACCUAAACGGCAACCUACAUCUGCUCAACCCUGGUAACAGUGCCCGACUCAUGCCGCUCCGAUAUGACCUGCGAGACCGCAUCACUCGUUUAGGUGACAUGCAGUACCGUCUGGAUGAGGACGGUUACCUCAGCCAGAGAGGCGGGGAUGUCUUUGACUACAAUUCGAAAGGCCAGCUGGUACGCGCCUACAGCCGUGCAGCAGCAGGAUGGAGCGUGCAGUAUCGUUACGACGGGCUUGGACGAAGGGUUUCCACUAAGAACAGCUUGGGUCAGCACCUCCAGUUCUUUUAUGCAGACCUGAACAACCCAACUCGGGUCACGCAUGUGUUCAAUCACUCCAGUUCAGAAAUCAGCUCUUUGUACUAUGACCUGCAGGGCCAUCUGUUUGCCAUGGAGGUGAGUAGUGGGGAGGAGUACUACAUCGCCUCUGACAACACAGGAACCCCACUAGCUGUCUUCAGCAGCAACGGGCAGAUGAUUAAACAGGUGCAGUACACUGCUUAUGGGGAGGUGUACCACGACUCGAACCUUGAAUUUCAGCUAGUCAUUGGCUUCCAUGGAGGCCUCUAUGACUCCCUAACCAAGUUAGUGCAUUUCACACAGAGAGACUAUGACGUUUUAGCUGCCAGAUGGACAUCACCUGAUUACACUAUGUGGCAGAAGAUUAGCAAAGAUCUGGCACCCUUCAAUUUGUAUAUGUUCAAGAAUAACAACCCACUCAGUGACAUGCUGGAUGUAAAGAAUUAUGUCACAGAUGUGAAGAGUUGGCUGUUAAUGUUUGGCUUCCAGCUAAGCAACAUCAUCCCGGGCUUUCCCAGACACACACUCUAUUUUGUGGAUCCACCAUAUGAGCUACUUGCCAGUCAAGAAAGUGAAAAUGCUCAGCUGAUUACCGGAGUUCAACAGGAAGCUGAGCGGCAUAGCCAAGCUUUCAUGGCGUUGGAAGGACGGCUUCUUGAGAAGGAGCGCAGGAACAAACAGGAUAAACCGGGCCACUGGUUUGGCAUAAGUACCCCCAUCAUCGGACGAGGAGUGAUGCUGGCAGUGAAAGAAGGCCGUGUGGCCACAGGGGUCUCAAGCAUGGCCAGUGACGACAGCAGGAAGGUGGCUCUGGUGCUUAAUAAUGCUGUUUACUUAGAUGGAACGCACUACACGCAGGAUGGCCGUGACUGUCAUUUCUUUGUGAAGACCGGCUCAGCUGACAGUGACCUUCUAGCUUUGGGACUUACCAACGGGCGUAAGGCACUUGAAAGUGGAAUCAAUGUGACAGUAAGUGGUCGCUCACGGCGAGGAGUCACCGUUGAGUUCCGGGUUCCAGCCCUGUCUCUCAGCGUGCGGUACGGGUUGGCAGCAGAUGUGCUGGAUGAGGAGAGAGCUCGACUGUUGGAACUGGCACGGCAACAGGCACUAACAGGGGCGUGGCUGCGAGAGCAGCAACGGGCACGGGAUAAUAAGGAGGGAAGCCGCUUGUGGACUGAAGGAGAGAGACAGCAGCUUCUUUCAACAGGGAACGUGCAGGGUUACGAUGGGUACUACAUUUUACCUGUUGAACAGUACCCCGAACUGGCAGACAGCAGUUUCAACAUCCAAUUCCUGAGACAGAAUGAGAUGGGGAGGAGGUAACAGUCCAAAUAUUUUUGUUAUCUUGUUUUUUUUUUAUAUUUUUAUCUCUGUUUAUCUUUCUCUCUAGCUAUAGCUUUUUGAUUUUCAGUUCCUUACUCUAUCUCUUUCUUUCUCUUGCUUUGUAUUUUUCCCACUUUUUCUCUUUUUUUUCUGUUAUCUCCUGUACCCACGAAGAAUAAUUGAACUAAUGGGGUAACUCUCUGAACGCUGCAGGGACUUUUAAAAGAAGAACUCUCAAAAACUUUGUUAAUACUGCCUCUGGCAAAAAAACAAACAUUGAAAGACCUUGUCUUUGUUUUUCAACAAUAGACAUCAAAAAAGCACUGAGAAACUUAAAAAAACUAUUGCUGAAAUAUGACAAAUCCCCUUUUUAAAAAAGAAUAGAUAUUUUUACCCAUAUUUUUUGGGUUACCGAGAGGAUGUUGGUGCCAGAUGGUACCCUUGUAAUUGUGUGACCUGGUUCGAGUCUCACAAGCUGCUGGAGAGGCCCAGUCUCAAUGCCAGAACUAAGGAAUAACAUCUGUAAAGAGAAAUAGUAGUCUCAGGCCUCCCAUUUUUCACAGCUAAACUGUCAAUUGCCACUGCAGCAAGUACCAUCAUCUACAGACUGAAUUUCUUCAAGCAGUUAAGAAAAUUCCAGCAAAGUAAAAGGUUUUUAAAAAGUGAUGAGAAAAUAUCAAACAUAGUUUGUUUCAUCACUGAUAGAAAAUUACUUAAAUUGUGUCAGAUAACUGUGAAGUUCAGGGUGUGCUUUAGAUGCGAUAGUUUUGUAUGUUCCAGUCGCAUUAGAGUAACAAGACCUUCACCAGGGCACUUCUGUAUAGAAAUAUCAGAAAAGAAACACUCACAAUCUACAGAUUAAAGGUUACUAGUGUCAGAAAUUAUUUAUUUUUACUUUGUUUUAUUAUUAUUAUUAUUAUUAUUAUUAUUAUUAAUAUUAUUCUUGGUACUCGACAAUCAUGAAAGAGUCACCACAUUUAGCUACAAAGAUGAACAUUGAUUGUUGAGUUAUUUUUCCUUUGUAAAAUAUGUAAUAAUUUUUCAUUUUUGUAUUCAUUUUGAUUUGCUCUUAAGCAAAUUAUAGUCAUACACAGAAAUAAUUUAUGUAAAGUGUUUUUAAAUGGUUUAUACUUUAAAUAAAGUUUAAAACUGUGAAACUUGUUUUUCAAAAUAUAUCUGUAUGUACAGUGUAUAGAUUUACCUUUAUGCAGCACAGUAGAAUAUUGUUCAUAAUAUCAACUUUUAUAUUUCUAACAAAAGGUGGCUUGUUAUGUGCAAUUCAACAGCUGGUAUUAAAACGCUAGAAAUUUGUGACACUCGAAUAUCACAGAUAAACAAUAUUGAUACCCCGUUUGAUGUUCUGUUUGUUUAGUUUUGUUUUUAUGCUGAAAAUUUGCUGUACUAGAACCCAAAUCAUAGAAAUUGAUUAUUUCCACUGUGAAGAGACUCAAUUAUGGAUGUUAUGAUGUACCAAAUCAGUAUUGAGGGAUGAUUCUUACUCAAGUGAGACUCUUCUGAGACCUACCAAUAAAUAGUUUACUUCA